GAGGAAUAGCGGAAGAGAGGAAGUGAAAGACAGGAAGACUGGAAGAGAGCAAUAAUAGCGGAGCUCUGUUUCUGUUCGCUGUGACCUUACAAGAGAUCCGAUUAUGAACCGAUUAACAUAUUGGAUAAAUAUACAGUUCAUUUAAAACAUGGAUUAUUUCCAAUUUAUGAACAGAUCCAGAUAUCAGAUGACACAUUUAUUAUCUUUACCCAAAGAAACCAGGACAGUAGGCUACAUUUUCUGUUGGGAUUAUUAGUUCGGAAUAGAGUUUGUAUCAGAUAACACCUUAGAUUUAGUAAAUAAACAACGCAUUUCAGUAACUUUAUUAGCAUGCCUAAUAUUGAUGUGAUCUGAUGAAAUUAUUGUUUUGUGUAGUGGAAGAUCAGAUGUGUUCAGAGAAGAUUAAACUGAGUUUAACACCAGAAGAAAUUCAGAGAGAUGGAUGGGGUAUUGGAGAAGUUUCUGGAAGAUCAGAAAUUGAAGAUAGCCGAGGAGAAGGCAUGUCUGGAACAGGAGCCCCCUUACAUGGAGAUGAGGAGGCGGACAGGCCAGGUUCUCCAGAAAGAGAACAUCCCUCCACGCACAAGCCAGCAAGAUGGAGUAAGUUUGCAACUCGGAGAGGAAUAUGAGAGGAAGAAACACAAACUGCAAGAGGAACUCAGGAAUGAUUACAGGAAAUACAAGGCAGAGAAAGAUCACAGGGAAGCUGGUGACAUUCACACAGUUCCAGAGAGAAGUCGAAUACCCAGGACGGUCCGUGUGAGGGAUGUGGCCACCCUUACAGAGGUGUGUGGGCUGGGAUGGGGUGUGUGUAGCUCUGAGGAAGACUGCAGUGAUGAAGAACUCAUGCUUUUGCAAGGGAGGCGACAUCAGAGAGAGAGAGACACCAGGACAACAAACAGCAGAGGGGAAUUGUUCACAGAGACAGGACAUCAAACAAGCAAACUACAGCACAGAAACAGAAUGUCGACAUCCGUUGCGACCCAAGCCAAUGAAAGAUCUGUAUCUGUGGCCAGUCGGGACACAGUUUGCACCACAAGACUUUUAAUAGGUGCAGUGGGUCUGGAGGGCACACUGCAGAGGAAAAAGGAGCGUUAUAGACAUGAACUACAGGAACAAAUCGCAGAGAAACAGAGUCACAGGAGGAGGGAGAAGGAACUGGACCUGAGAGUUUCAACAGAUGCUGAGAAAAAGCAGCUCUUUGUUAGUGAGGCGUCUGCGUACAGAAAGCAACCAAGGGACGACAUCAUCCGCCUGGACACUGCUGAGCCUCCUGAGGGUGUUCUGCAAUACAGGACAGACUCUCUGUCUCCAUGCAGGAUGCCUUUUGUCCCUACUCAACUCCCAUUCCUUACAGAUACCUAUAAGACUCCAAAUAAUGAUGCUGAGAGUCCCAGUAGAGCCUAUUGCCCAAUAAUGGGAGUUUCUUUUUCAACAUCAUCAGGAGAGCCACACCCACUCAGUCCACACAGCAGAAGCACUCACAGACAGAGGAUUGUGGGUGAGAAUGAAGUUGUGGGUUCAGGUCUUUUAGCGUUUCCUGCACAUCAUGCAAAGACGGACAGACUCAGCUAUAAAGAGGAGCUCAGAAAGCAGAUAGAGGAGCGGGCCGCACAGAGGAGGGUGGACAGAGAGGAGAAGCAUAGACUGGAAGCUGAACUUGAAGCCGAUAUGAGAGCAUAUGAACCCUGGGGAAGAGGCGGAGCUGGUGCACCACUCAGAGACAGCACUGGAAAUCUAAUCACUGAUCUGAAGCAGAUGCAUCUUUUGAAUGUAGCAGCUGCAGCACCACCACAAAGGCCGGAGAGGCCAGGAUUUGUUGAGACACACACUCCACAGUUUGCAAGAGGAAAUGUGUUUAAUCAGAUCCAGUCACCCCAGCAACUACUGGAGCAAGACCAAUACAAAGCUUACCUGAGACACCAGAUAGAAGAAAAGCGAAGGAAGCAGGCUGAGGAGAGAGAGCGGACGAGGGCAGAAGAGGAGAGCGAGGACAGAAGACUGGCAGAACAGAGAGAGAAAAUCAGGAGAGAGUAUGAAGAGGAGCAGGAGAGCAGAAAACGCAGAGAGUUGGAGCAAAAACUGAAGAAUGAAGAACUUGCUCGUCUUGUGGAAGAGAGACGGAGGGAUGCAGAGAAAAAGAAAAAAGAAGAAGAAGAGAAAGAGAGAGCAGCUGUAAGAAAACAGGAAGAGCAAGAGAGACAAAUACGACUGCAACAGGUUCAGCGUGCACCAUCCCCUCCUAUCCCUACCCUACAGAAUAAACACCGCAACCCUUCAAAUGCUACGGAUUUCUCUGCGCUUCGGGCUCCUCCGUCUCCAGAAAGCAGAAACAACCAGAGAACAGAGAAGGACAGAAGUGAGGUUGUUAACGAGCUGUGUGCGUUAAGAAGACAUCUGCGCAGUGAACAGCGGCGUCUGGAGGAGCAGCUCUUGCAGACGGAGUGGGAGCAUUUUCCCUCCCCUUUCACAGACAGGCACAGGACGGAUGUGUUUGACAUGGCUCGUUUGCGUAUGCCUGUGCGAGGCCCCUCCGCCCGUGGCACUGAGCCAAUCAGCUCAAAGGGAGCCGAUGACAUCAUGUACAGGGAUGCCUUUAUGCCUCUUCCUAGAACACGGCAGUCUAGGAACAGGGAUGUUGAGGCGGGACGUGGAUCUGUGCUUCUGUCAGAAAGUGAAUUUAUUGGUGGGAUCACAUUUCUUUAACUGCUUGAUGAGUGUAACCAAAAAAAAUUACUGUAUUAUAUACAGUGGCCCCAAAAUUAGUUUGGACACUAGGGAAACUUAAACAUGUAUUAAUGUCUUUCCAUUUUGUAAGAAAACAUCAAACCAAGUGACAUUUAUUUUAAAGAAAAAU